AUGUGUGACAUGGGGGGACUGGAUAACCUGAUUGCCAACACGGCAUACCUACAGGCCAGGAAAAGUGGAGAUGUUGAUGCCAAGGAGAUGCAAAAAAGGCGCAAGGCCCUUGCGCUACCCAAGAUUGAGGAGUGUGCCGCCAUCAAGCAAUCUCUUACUAUAGACUACGAGACUAUUUGUGUACAACAGCCCAUUGGCAAGACUUUUUUCAAGGAAUUCCUGGAGACUGUACCUGAAUACCUACUAGCCAGGGAGUUCUUGGAUGAAGUGUCUUCUUGGGAGUUAGCAGAAGAGAACAUAAAGGCUAGCCUCCUGGAAGGUAUAGUCAACAUGUAUCUGAAGACCGCCAGUAAUAGCUACCUGAAGUUCCUCAGUGCAGACCUGUCGAACAAGUGCCAGUCUGCUGCCAAGGAUGAUUUUGAGAAAAUAACACAGGCAGCCAGGGAAGAGACAAACACGUACCUUACAGGAAAACCUUUUCAGGAAUUCCAGACUAGUCCAUUCUUUGACAAGUACCUGCAGUGGAAAUGCUUUGAGAAGCAACCUGUAACUGAAAAGCAAUUCGACGAGUUCCGAGUGUUAGGAAAAGGAGGCUUCGGAGAGGUUUGUGCCAUCCAGGUGAGAAAUACUGGGAAGAUGUAUGCCUGUAAGAAGUUGGACAAAAAAAGACUGAAGAAAAAAGGAGGCGAAAAGAUGGCUCUGCUAGAGAAGGAGAUCCUUGAGAAAGUCAACAGUCGUUUCAUCGUCACUCUGACCUAUGCUUAUCAGAGCAAAACUGCCCUGUGUCUUGUCAUGAGCCUCAUGAAUGGUGGGGAUCUUAAAUAUCACAUUUACAAUGUGGGUGAAAGAGGCCUGGAAAUGGAUAGGAUAAUCUUCUACUCUGCUCAGAUCACCUGUGGGAUGCUCCACCUUCAUUCCAUCAAAAUUGUCUACAGGGACAUGAAGCCAGAAAAUGUCCUGCUAGAUGAUAAUGGUCACUGCCGCUUGUCUGAUCUUGGCUUGGCAGUGGAAGUCAAGGAGGGCAAAACAAUCACCCAGAGGGCUGGAACGAAUGGAUACAUGGCUCCUGAAAUCCUAAAGGAAGAAAACUACUCUUACCCAGUGGACUGGUUUGCUAUGGGAUGCAGCAUCUAUGAGAUGGUUGCUGGUCGAACACCAUUCAAGGAUUUCAAAGAAAAGGUCAAUAAAGAUGAAGUUAGAAAAAGAACCUUAGAAGAUGAGGUGAAGUUUGAACAUGCUAAUUUUGAUGCACCAACGAAAGAUAUCUGUAAAUUGUUCUUGGCAAAGAAACCAGAAGAUCGUUUGGGAAGCAGGAACAGUGAUGAUGAUCCCAGAAAACAUGCUUUCUUCAAGUCAAUAAACUUCCAUAGGCUAGAGGCAGGCCUUAUAGAUCCUCCCUUUGUGCCAGAUCCAUCUGUUGUCUAUGCCAAAGAUGUUGCAGACAUUGCUGACUUCUCUGAAGUAAGGGGAAUUGAGUUUGAUGACAAGGACAAGAAUUUCUUCAAAAAAUUUGCAACAGGUGCUGUCUCAAUACCAUGGCAGAAUGAAGUAAUUGAAACAGGACUGUUUGAGGAUCUGAAUAAUCCCAACAGAGUAGUUGUUGCCGAGACCAAAUCUGGAGUGUGCAUGUUGUUAUAAAUAUUACAUCAGGAAUAUAAAAGGCAGCACCACUGGACUUUUUGCAUGAUUUCAAAAACUCAAGUAUGUGUUUAGGAAGGACUCAGUGACAUCAGAAAGGAAGGCUGAACAAAGUACAUUCCCUUCUGAGCUGAUGGUUUGCUGGAAAUUUUUGAGUGAAAAAUUGGGUUUCUUUUAAGACAGGGAGAAAAUUCCAGUUCAUGAUGGUUUUGUCGGUAAAAUAUUCAAAACAUUAUCAGUGAUUUGGAUUCAGUAUUACCUUGAAAUUACCAUUGCAUUGUAAGAGGUCUAUAAUAACAACUGUGUCCCUUUUUUGUAAAAAGCAUUUCCUAAUGUAAUGAGAAGUGACAUAUAUUUAUAUUUAUUUUAGUUAAGU